ACUCUCAAUGAUAAAUGUUUUACGCAAAAUUUCCGCCUAAACAAGCAAGCGUUUCGGUACGUGCUAAAUGCCAUUACGCCGGAGUUAAGUACUCCUCGAAAAUCCACAGCAAUUCCGCCCAUUAUUAAGCUGGCCGCCGCACUGAAAUUAUUGGGGCAAGGAGGUUAUCAACACCAAAUUGGCCAAGACCAACACGUAAGCCUUUCUCAGCAGUCAAUGUCACGCUGCCUUAUUGAAGUGUGCAAAGCCAUUGAGAAAACGCUUUGCCAACAACACAUUAAUUUUGCAAGUACGGACGCAGAGGAAACAGAGGCGAAAUUAUACUUCUAUGAAAAGUGUGGCAUUCCGGGCGUGUUGUUUGCAAUAGAUGGCACACAUAUACAAAUGAUAAGACCAACAAGGAAUGAGCAUUUGUACUACAAUAGAAAACUGAAGCACAGUAUGAAUGCAAUGGUUAUGUGUGACCACAAGAUGAGAAUUAGAGCUGUUGACGCGCGAUACGGUGGUGCAUGCCAUGAUUCCCAUGUAUGGAACCUGUCCAGUGAGAGAAGGGCUUUAAAAGCUCGUUUUGAUAAUGGCGAGAGAGGGAUAUGGAGUCUUGGCGACUCAGGAUAUCCAUUGGAACCAUGGAUGUUAACUCCCUAUCGUAAUGCCGCCGAAAAUUCAGCGGAAGGCCGGUUUAAUCACUGCCAUGCCAAAGGACGGUCAAUCAUCGAACGAGUAUUUGGAAUAUUGAAAGGAAGGUUUCGAUGUCUUUUGGCAGCACGCGAGCUGCAUUAUACUCCGCAAAAGGUUUCAGCUAUAAUGAACGUUUGCUGCGCUUUG